UUCGUCAUCGGAGCGCUCUUUUAUUAUCGAUUUAUUUUUCAUUCAUUUCUUCUCUGAUUCUCGGUAUUUUUGCUGAAACUAAUCAGAUGAUGACAAACGCUGCUCAAAUCACAAAGCAACGGAAUAGUGGAAAACGUCACCGUGCCUGUGAAAGAUGCAGGGAACAAUUUGAGUUGAACGAGCCAUACUUUCUGCUGGGAGCUUCUUCGUGGCAUAUGAGAUGCUUUUUAUGUGCCCAAUGCAUGGACCCUCUCGUUGGAACUACAUAUUUUCAAUUCGAAAAUCGAAUUUAUUGCGAGCACGAUUUUAAGACUCUUUAUGCUCCAGUUUGUGCAAAAUGCAAUGAAUUCGUGAUUGGUCAAGUGGUGCAUUCUUCCAAUAAUUCCUACCAUCUUGCUUGUUUUACGUGUGACGAGUGUAAUGUUCAUCUAAAUUCUCAGAUUGCAUAUCGAUAUCAAGGCACUAUUUUAUGCUUUCUUUGCAAUCAGAAAAAACCGAAAAUGAGAAUUUAUAAUUGUAAUAAAUGCAAACAACACGUGGAUAACAGUGAUCUACUAACAUAUCAAGAGAAUCCUUAUCACGCUUAUCAUUUCAAAUGUACUACAUGCAAAAAAGUACUGGAAUCUGAUGCUCGAACAAUUAAAGAUGAUUUAUUCUGUCCGAGAUGUUUUGAUUUCAAAUGUGAAGUUUGUUUUGAUUGCAAGAAGGUUAUUGAUCCACAAGUUGAGCAGAGUAUUUUCACGAUGAACAAGCAUUGGCAUACUGAUCAUUUCCGAUGUGCCACUUGUGCUCGUCCAUUUUUCGGUCACGAACAUUAUGAGAAGAAUGGAAAAGCAUAUUGUAGAGAUGAUUUUUUGGAACUUAUUGGGCAUCAUUGUUUCAUUUGCGACAGGAAUGUGGGUGGUGGUAUGGUUCAUGUAUUUGGAAAAGCUUUUUGUCCGGAAUGUUAUCGAUGUAGAGGAUGUGAUAAGGUUUUACAUUACAAAGACAAAGUAAUGGAGCUUGACCUGAUGCCUUUAUGCAAAAAAUGUCUGGGCAACAAAACUUUUCAAAAGGCUUUGAAAUACAAGAGUUUAUGAUGGAUAUGGUGACGUAUUUUGUUGUUGAUUUUUUGAAAAUAAAUUAUGUUUCUAUG